UUAGAAACACUUUUGUUUCUACAGGGAGCAUGAAUAUGUGUGCGUCAGUGGCGCGAGCUGCUCGAAUUUUUCCUAUUAUUACACAGUGACAGUUGAAAUUAAUGAGUUCAUUUAAAGUCAUUUAGAAGAAAUAAAUCUCCCAGUGUCCACAAAGUACAACUUUAGCAGCUGAAGUGACAAUGAAGUUCCGAGCGAAGAUAAAUGACGUGGGAUGUCUCAAUCAUUUCACACGUAGGUGUGGUGAAUACCAUUACAAAACUCACAAAGACUUGUGUUGUACGACUUACUGUCGACAACAUUUUCUUCGUCCUUUCUGGAAAAGUCGCCAAUGGAGGAGUCAGUAUGUGGUGUGAGUUACUGCAGGUUAAUUUUUUUGAUGAAUAUCAACUGGAAGGUGUAUCAGAAGACGCUAAUGAGAUAUGUUUAGAAGUAAAUCCAGAGAAUCUAUCCAGAGCUUUAAAAACCGCACAGAAUGCCAAGUCCGUCAAAAUAAAACUGACAAAGAAGCACUAUCCAUGCCUCACUCUAGCUGCAGAGCUGCCCUCUCUCUCGUCCAUAAGUCGCGUUGUCACCCAUGACAUCCCCGUUGACGUCAUUCCCAGAAGGCUUUGGCAUGAUUUUAAAGAGCCCAGUAUGCCAGACUUUGAUGUUAGCAUAUAUCUACCCCCACUGAAGACUAUGAAGAGUGUGGUAGACAGAAUGAAGAACCUCUCCAACUAUUUGGUAGUGGAGGCUAACCUAAGUGGUGAAAUGAAUCUGAAGAUUGAAACAGAUCUAGUGUCUGUUACAACACACUUCAAAGAUCUUGGCAAUCCUCCAUGGGGUGCCUCACAGUCUCAGAGUCAGAGCAGAGAUGUCGAGGCCAUGGCACAUGCACGAGUGGAUAUUAGGAAACUUCAGCAAUUCCUUAUGGGGCAGCAGGUCAACCCAACCAAGUCCAUGUGCAAUAUUGUUGACAAAAGGAUUAUUCAUUUGAUUCUCCUUCAGGAGGAUGUGUCUCUUCAGUACUUCAUCCCAGCUGUGGCGUAGUGGGAAUGUUUGUAUUCAAAUUUACUUUCCACACUGAUAGAAUAUUCAAAACACAGUAUCUAAUGAACACAUCUGUUAAACGUUUCCCUAUAUAUAUAUAUAAUUUUUUACCAGUUUUUAUUAAAAAUGUUACUCUGGAAUACGUACACUGCUCCACUACUCCACACUAACCAGUUUAAAAUUGAUGUUGUGUAACAUUUUGUAUAGUUGAGAUGCAACUGUUUGUUUUGCAAUAAAGUAAAGAUUGUUAAAGGAAAUGAUCUCUGUAAAAGGCCAUUUCAUAUUUUGUAUCAGUGCUUCUAAUCGAUUUUUGGAAUUUCUAGUUUGAUUUUUUUUUUUUAUUACUUGCCAGAAAUACUACCAGGAACUGGAUCUUUGUUACCAGUAAUAAAUUCUUCCCUUAUCAUUA